UGAUGCCCGAGGACAACUCGGGCUACAAGCUCUCUCAGCCCAAGCAGUCCUUGGCUGAGUACCACAAGAUGGGUAUGUUCCAACCUUUGUCUUUACUGUUUGUUUUCUUUUCAGCAUCGCAUGCAUCUUAUUUCACCCGCAUCUUCUCUGCGGCAUCGUGCGGAUCGUGGGACUUUUUGGAAAAAGGGGGAACUGCGGGUGCGGUGACGACAUGAUGGUGACCCCUUUCACCGCCCAUGCUUCACGGCGCAAAGGACUAUGGCAACACCUCACAACAUCGCAACCUUUCAUGCCAAAUCUUUGGGAAGAUCACGACCACUAUAAGCGCAAAGUAAAGCUUGUGUGGGUUUCCCUGUGGCAGAAACCUACCUCUGCAAUUGUUGACUUGGCGGCCAAGUAAGCCAAAGGUCGUCGCAGACGUUCACAACUUCCAACAGGGCAUGCCCCUGGUUUGAACACGAGGGGCGCGAGAGCUGUCGCAGACCGGAAGACCACAGCACCGUCAUCCACACAACACCCAACCGCAUUCAACCACACACACACACACACACAUAUAUAUCAUGAUGCCAAAGAAAAAGAGAUACCAUUCAUGAAAAGAAGAACCACCAUGACUAACCCCC